AUGCAGGUGAAGCACUUGUGGGCGGUGGCCAACGCUAGGGGUCGAGCUGUGCAGGGAGGGCACGUGCUGUACACAGCCUUUUCCCAGAGCCAGAGAGCAGAGCUCGGCCAGCCGGCCCCCGGGCCAGCUCCUUGGAGGCUGGAGGCAGCGCUGACCCUGGAGAAGUCAUGCUCCCUUAUCCUGGGUGAGCCCAGGGACAAGGGCCAGAACCAGCGUGGGGCUGAGUCCUGCGAGAGCUGCGCUGGGCUCCCCCGCUGCGGCGCGGAGGCCCACCCACCCCUCCCUCCGGCUGCUGCCUGCCGGCUUGCACCCCGCAAGCCGAACCGCUUUGGGAAUCGCCGGGCACCAGGAAGAAUCGCGUCGCCAGAGCCCGGGCAGGAGCGAGCAGCCGCGGGGACCCUCGAGUGCAAAGGCUCGGAGAGCCAGCGUUGCGCUCCUGCGGGCGGGCCGGCGACGGAGGAGGAACGGGCCAUGGAGAGGGAGCUGGGCUGCCCCUCACACCCCGGCCACCCCUGGACCUGGGCACAGUUCUGCUCAGUGACACCCAAUGUCCCGCAUCGCACCCACAGCCCACCGAGCCCCGCGCGCCCGGAGCUGGGGGCCCCGCAGUGCUCGAGGGCUGACCGGCUCGCUCUUACCUUGAGGAGCCGGAGCUGCAGGCGCCGUCCCAUCCUCGGGCUCGCUCAGUCACCGUCCCGGAUGCCUGGGUCCCUCGGACAUCCCAGAGGGGCCGGCCGGCGGGUGCGGGCUCAGGCUGCGCCGGGAGGGCGGCCGGGCUCCUGUGCGGCCGCGGGUGGCGGAGGUGCCCGGCCCCGCGCUCCCCGGCCCCGCAGCCCGGCCCGGCGGGCUCUCGCUCUCCCCUUCCCGGGCAAGUCCAGCCGCCGCUUCCCGACUCAGCCCGACCCGCAGCCGCCUCUCGGCCGCCGCCGGGAGCCCGCCUCGCCCCCGCCGCCUCCCCCUCGGUGCGCGCCGCUACUCGCCUCGGCUCCCCGCCCCCUCGCCUGGGCGUCCCCUCUCCUUCUCUCUCCUCCCCUCCGGUCCCUCCGCCGCCUCGCCCCUCAGCUCCCUCCCUCGCCCCGCCUCCCCCGCCCCCUCUCCUUCCCGGGGCCGGCUCCCCGCGCCCUCGCCGCGCUCACCCCCUUUCCCCGAGCCCGGGUUUGCGACAGUCGGAGGGGCGCGCUGGCUGCGCUGGCGGCCGCCGCAGCCCGGGGAGAAGCUGGGGUGGAGGGGGUCCCCGCCGCGCCCCCAUCCUCAGCGGGCCGGGGUGUUGGGCCAGAUCCCCCGCGCCUUGGGCACUGA